AUGGGUGGUAGCGGAAACCCGAACGAGCCUCUUUUCUUCUUCAAACCCAACGAGGCACACGGAGAGUUCUGUCAAUGGUAUCCGGCAACCUUUACAGUCAGCAAGGCCGAGAUGUCCGUGCUAGUCGGACAUCCUAUCGAUAAAGAUGAUCCUGAAGGUUGGCAACGAAUAUAUUUCAACUGUGCCGAGCAAUUCAUGAUGUAUUGCAAAGCAGGACGGUUUCACGACUCCGAAACGCAGAACUUGGUUCUUGCGACUCGAGACCCUAAGGAACAAAAACGAUUAGGGAGAUUGACCAAGGGAUUCCAGGCAGCCAGCUGGGACGAGAUAAAAAGCGAUGUUGUGGUCGCUGGAAAUAUGGCCAAAUUCGGCCAGAACAAGGAACUGAAGGACCUGCUUUUGGGUACUGGAAAUCGACUGCUGGUUGAGGCAGCUUCUCUCGAUCGCGUUUGGGGUAUCGGCUUCACAGCCAAAGAGGCCAUGGCAAACAGGGAGAGGUGGGGAGAGAAUAGGCUCGGUAUGGCGUUGGUAGAGGUGAGGAAGAGGCUACGAGAAGAGACCUGUUGA